AUGCCGUCGGGAAGCGGUGAGUCAAGACAACGUUCCUUCAAAAAGGAUGGAUUCUUGAACAUGCACUCUGAAAUCGAGUCGAGCAGUAGCAAACCCUAUACGGCGCCAAUGCAGACGAAGCAAACCGCUUACAGCGAGUGCGAAAAGCACUGUCCCAUAUGUAAGAAAGCUUGUGCCAGCGUCCCAAAAUGUAAACGCUUUGCGGAGCUGAGUACCGAAUCGAAGUGGGCUGCCGUGCGAGAGUGCAAGCUGUGCCGAAAAUGCCUACGGAGACACAACAGGUCCUGCAGACAACAAAAGCCGUGCGGUACAAACGGGUGCACCUUCCUUCAUCAUCCUCUUCUUCACUCCGAAAAACAACAAACUAAUAGUUCCCCGACAGUGACGUCCACAAGUUCUACACCACCGACUAACCCGCAGUUAAGUUGUAACAUUCAUCAGGGCGAAUCGCAAUUCCUGUUUCGGAUACUUCCGGUCAUUCUUUAUGGACCUUCGAAAACUAUUGAAUCUUACGCGUUUAUCGACGACGGAUCCGACAUUUCGUUAAUGGAACAAGAUCUAGCACAAGAGCUAGGUGUUAUAGGGCCAAUGAAAUCGCUAUGUCUCGGCUGGACAGGAGGAGCACACCGAAUGGAAACCUCCUUAGAGUGCGUAAACCUACAUAUCUCCAGUUACGGCGAACAACGAAAGAAGUAUAAGUUGUCCUUAGUACACACCGUAGAAAGCCUUAAAAUUCGGCCGCAAAUACUUCGGUACGCCGAUAUUCAAGCAAAGUAUCCAUACCUUGCUGGUCUACCCAUUGCAUCGUACGAGAAUGCCUAUCCUCGGAUUUUGAUAGGCGUGGACAACCUCAGUGUCGGAAACGUACAAAAGAGCCGUGAGGGACGUAUUCAGGAACCGAUAGCCAUUAAAAUGAGAAUCGGAUGGACAAUCUAUGGAAAAUGCGCAAUCGAAGAUAAAAUUGAACACUCUGUUGAUUAUCAUUCCGUCAAAGUAUGCCAGUGCAAUAAAGAUCUUGAUGAAGAUCUGCACCAAAUGGUUAAAAGUUUCUUCACACUGGACAGUGCUGGUAUCAGCGAACCUGUGAAACUCCUACAGUCAAAAGAGGAUGUACGAGCGCAGAUGCUUCUCGAAACAUUAACGAAACCUGGGAAUGGAUGGUAUGAGUCAGGACUUCUCUGGAAGUACGAAAACGUUCGGCUCCCAGAUAGCAAAGAGAUGGCUUUUAAAAGGUGGCAAUGUCUAGAAAGGCGAAUGAUGCGUGAUCCAGUGUUAGCAGAGGCAGUAAAAGCAAAGAUCUAUGAUCAUGUACAGAAGGGAUAUAUCCGUAAACUUUCGGAACAGGAACUGCAAGUGAAACGCUCUCGGGUCUGGUACUUGCCUAUGUUUCCGGUUUUAAACGCAAACAAACCAGGAAAAACAAGACUCGUAUGGGAUGCUGCCGCAACCGCCCACGGGGUUUCGCUGAACUCCGUAUUGCUUAAAGGCCCAGAUUUACUAACCUCCUUGCUAUCGGUAUUGAUCCAGUUUCGCGAGUAUCGGAUCGCAAUUUGUGGGGACAUCCGCGAGAUGUAUCACCAAGUCCACAUUCGCGAAGAGGAUCAGCACUGCCAGAGAUUUUUUUGGAAAGAUGGGACUAACACGAACCCGAGUACAUACGUCGUACAGGUAAUGACAUUUGGAGCCUGCUGCUCACCAAGUACCGCUCAGUACGUAAAAAAUACUCAUGCGGCAAAAUAUGAACAAGAAUAUCCUGCUGCUGUCGAAGCAAUCGUAAAGAGACAUUAUGUCGACGACAUGCUUCUAAGUGUAGAAUUGGAAUCACAAGCGAUUCAACUGUCGAAAGAGGUUAAAAAGAUACACGCGUCGGCCGGAUUUGAAAUCCGCAAUUGGACAACGAACUCACCAGCAGUUCUGAAAGCGAUGCACGAGCCAACAAUAGAGGAGAAAAACCUAAGCGGUGAAAAUUCAUUCGAAAAGAUUCUCGGGCUAUGGUGGGACACCUCAUCAGAUUGUUUUACGUUUAAAAUUUCACCUCGCAUAGACAAGCUUCUACUAUCUGGACGACGUCGACCAACUAAACGGGAGGUCCUUCGAACUCUCAUGAUGGUGUUCGACCCGCUAGGGCUCAUAGGGCACUUUCUAAUGGUUUUAAAAACACUCCUUCAAGAAAUCUGGCGCGCUUCGAUCGACUGGGACGACUUAAUCGAUGACUCACACCUUAGCAAGUGGACAACGUGGUGUUCAGCACUACCAGAAAUAACAACCGUGAAAAUUCCUCGUUGCUACCGAAUGGUGACGUCUACAGCCGACAGUACAACGAUCCAGCUACAUAUAUUCGUAGAUGCGAGUGAGACUGGCUACGCCGCUAUCGCUUACUUGAGAUAUCAGGAAGGAACCGUCGUCGAAUGCUCCCUAGUUAGCUCUAAAACAAAAGUUUCGCCUUUGAAAUAUCUGUCAAUCCCGCGCUCUGAGCUGCAAGCUGCGGUUAUCGGCGUUAGACUUGCGGAAACCGUUUCUAAAUCAUUGUCCAUUAGAGUGAAGGAACGCUUCUUUUGGACGGACUCGAAGGACGUACUAUGCUGGCUGAAAUCCGACCAUCGGCGCUAUAACCAGUACGUCGCGUUCAGAGUUAGCGAGAUACUGGAGGCAUCUGAUAUACGCGAAUGGAACUGGAUAUCGACCAAACAGAAUGUCGCCGACGAGGGAACAAAGUGGAAAGGCCGUCCGGAUUUGUCCGCCUCUAGUCGCUGGUUCCAGGGACCAGCGUUCCUACGGAAAUCACCCGGAGACUGGCCCAUUUCAGAUACUCAUAUUGGCAGUACAACCGAAGAACUUCGUCCUCACUUACUGUAUCACACCAGGAUCGAAGAAUCAGUUAUUAAUUUUAAUCGCUUCUCAGAUUGGCAGAAGUUACUACGUUGUACCGCUCGUGUUUUUCGCUGGGUGCACAACAUGAGGCGUAACAAGAAGGAACGAAGAGAUGGACCACUCAAACAAGAAGAACUAAUCGAAGCUGAAUGUUAUCUGUUUCGCGUAGCGCAGGCAUCAACCUACAUCGACGAAAUCGCCAUCCUCUCCAGAAACUCAAAUGAAAGCACUCCUAAUAAGUCAAUACCUAGAGGCAGCCAGCUUUACCAACAGUGCGCAUUCCUAGACACUAACAGUGUGCUAAGAGUUCGUGGUAGAACACAAGCCUGUCCUUUUAUCGCCAGCGACGCCGCUCAACCGAUAAUCCUUCCGCGAAACCAUCCAGUCACCCAACUCAUCAUUUUCGACUACCACAAGCGGUUCAACCAUCAAAAUCAUGAAACAACAAUAAAUGAGAUACGGCAGCGCUUUCGUAUUUUCAGACUUAAAGCCAUAUACAACAAUAUCCGCAAAGAAUGUCAAGAAUGUAAAAACACUCGUGCCUUACCUCAACCGCCAGCAAUGAGCGACUUACCUCCACAACGACUCGCUGCAUUUACUAGACCGUUUACAUACAUGGGGUUGGACUAUUUCGGUCCCAUGACUGUAAGCAUCGGAAGGCGAACCGAAAAACGGUGGGGGGUCCUUGCCACUUGCCUUACAACUCGCGCUAUCCACCUAGAAAUAGCUCACACACUGACGACCGAUUCGUGCAUCCUAGCGAUACGCAAUAUUAUGGCUAGAAAAGGCGUGCCAGCCACUAUCUUCAGCGACAGAGGCACGAACUUUCAGGGAAGUAGCAAAGAAUUACGAGAAGCUUUGAGAACCGUGAACCAAGAGCAACUUGUAAAAGAAUUCACGACACCAGACACAGAAUGGACCUUCAUCCCACCGGCUUCACCACACAUGGGGGGCGCAUGGGAGCGCUUAAUCCGUAGCGUUAAGUCUAACCUCUGUAAACGGCAAUGGAGAAGGCUUCCGACUGACGAAGUACUUAAUAGCACGCUCCUGGAGAUAGAAAACGUGAUCAACUCACGGCCACUGACAAACAUCCCUUUGGAAGACGACGAAUCACCGGUUUUAACACCUAACCAUUUCUUGCUGGGAUCAUCAAACGGACUUAAGGCAUGGGUACCGUAUGACGACAAUCCUGUGGUACUUCGAAAUAGCUGGAAACAGUCACAACUGAUAGCCAACGAAUUCUGGCGAUGGUGGCUGAGAGAUUACUUACCCGUUAUCACUCGACGCACCAAGUGGUUUACCAAGGCAAAACCAAUCGAGAUAGGCGACGUUGUAGUCAUCGCGGACCCAAAGGGUCCCCGUAAUAGCUGGCCAUUGGGACGAAUAAUCGGAGUGAAAUCAGGAGCAGACGGGCAAGUAAGAAGCGCCACAGUGCAAACCAACCAGGGCAUAUACGAGAGACCAGCGGUGAAGCUCGCCGUACUCGACGUGGGCGUCAAGGACUAA